AUGGGCAACUAGCAGUAAAACCAUGUCUACUCAUUCUUCAGAGAAGACAAGGAACCACUUCCAGGCUAUUCCAGAGAGCUUGUAUGCAUCAAGCAUAAAGAUAAUCCAGAUAGACUAGAUCCUGCUGAAUACAGAGGAUGCAAGACAUUGUGGGAGCUUUUCGACAACUCAGUUAAGAAAUAUGGAGACAGACAGUUCUUGGGAACAAGAGACAGCAAACAAGAAGGCAGACCAUAUGUGUGGACUACCUACUAACAAACCUAUGACAAGAUGGAUAAGUUUGCCAGAGGAGCUGAACAACUUGGACUCUCCCCUGUUACCAAUGCUGAGAACACUGACUACAAGUUCAUGGGUAUCUUUGGCAAGAAUCGUGAGGAAUGGGUAGUUAUUGAUCUAGCUUGCAUGAGAAAUUCAGUCACAAUUGUUCCAUUUUUCGAUAGUCUAGGUCCAGAUGCCUUGGCCUUUGUUAUUAACCAAACUGAACUCACUACUAUGUGCAUUGAAAACAACCAGUUCGAUCUAUUGGUUAAACUCAAGCAGCAGAGAGCUCCCUCUCUCAAGAAUAUUGUCUUAUUUGAUGAUGCCACAUUGUCUCAAAGAGAGAAGGCUCAAGAGGCAGGACUCAACCUCUACACUGUCAAAGAAAUCAUUCAGUUAGGCUCUGAACACCCAGAAGUUGUACUAGUUGAGCCUAAGCCAGAGACUAUCUAUAUGUUCUGCUACACCUCAGGUACCACUGGAGAUCCAAAGGGAGCAAAGAUGUCUCACUCUGGAUUCGUUGCAAUCCAACAUUUGCAUGAGCAUGCUGGAAUUAUCUUUACACCAGAAGAUGUUUCGAUCUCUUAUUUACCUUUAGCUCAUAUCUUUGAACAGGCUAAUCUCACUUUCUCUAUAUCUUUAGGAUAUUCACACGGAUUCUAUUCAGGUGAUCCACUCAAGCUUUUAGAAGAUAUCGUAGUACUCAAGCCCACAUUCUUCGUUACUGUUCCUCGUAUCUUAAACAGAGUUUACGGAAAGAUCAUGGAUGGAGUCAACUAAAAAGGUGGAGUUGCAAAAUGGUUAUUCAAUAAGGCUGUUACAGAUAAGACCUACUACUUAAACAAUGGCCAAGGGUAUACUCACAAACUUUAUGAUAAGACUGUUUUCGGAAAGGUCAAAGAUCUAUUCGGAGGCAACCUGAAAUACAUGAUUACUGCUUCAGCUCCAAUUAGCGGAGAGGUACUCACAUUCUUCAAAGUGGCUCUUGGAAUCCAUGUUUAUGAAGUUUAUGGUCAAACCGAAAGCAAUGGCCCAAUCACUGUGACAUCACCAAAUGACCCAACAGCUGGGCACGUUGGAGGUCUUAUUACCACUAAUGUCGUUAGACUUAAGGAUGUAGUUGAGAUGGGAUAUUUGUCCACUGAUAACCCUCCAAGAGGAGAGCUCUAAUUCAAGGGUAACAAUAGUUUUAGAGGAUAUUUCAAGAAUCCAGAGAAGACAGCUGAGGCAGUUGGUGAAGAUGGAUGGACUUCAACUGGUGAUGUUGCCGUUGUAUUCCCUAACGGUUCAAUCAAGAUUGUUGACCGUGCAAAGAACAUCUUCAAGUUGUGCCAAGGAGAGUACAUCGCCCCAGAAAAACUAGAAAACGUUUAUGUCUAAUGCCCACUUGUUGGUCAAAUCUUUGUUUACGGUGAUUCUCUUUAAGCAUAUCUACUCGCAGUAAUCGUUCCCGAGCCAGAAAACUCAAAGAAAUGGUUUACUGAGAAGGGUCUUGAGCCAAACUUUGAGAGUGAAGAGUUCAAGAAAGCUAUCAUAGCUUCUAUGGAUGCAAAAGCCAAAGAAUUCAACUUGACCAGUCUUGAAAAGAUCAAGAAGAUUCACCUUCACAAUCAACCAUUCACUGUUGCCAAUGAUCUAAUCACUCCAACUUUCAAGAUCAAGAGAAACGUAGCCAAGAAAGUCUUCUAGGAGUUCAUCGACAAGAUGUAUUCUGAGCCAUUAUGA